AUGAACGAGCCGGAGAUCUGCUACAUCCUGGACGCCAUUUUGUUUGUGUAUGGAAUCGUUCUCACUGCUCUCUACUGCCACCUGAAGGUAAGGGCAUUUCUCUGCAGCAAAGGGGAAGAUCUUCAUUGUGUUGGUGUAUCCUCUCCGACAUUUGCUUGUGAAACCCAUGGAUCUGGAGGGCUCCCUGGGAUUCUGGUGUCCUCUCCUGGAUUCUGGUGUCCUCUCCGGGAUUCUGGUGUCCUCCCCGGGAUUCUGGUGUCCUCCCGGGAUUCUGGUGUCCUCCCUGGGAUUCCUUUGGGGGGCGGUGUCCUCCCUGGGAUUCUGGUGUCCUCCCUGGGAUCUGGUGUCCUCCUUGGGAUUUUGGUGUCUUCUCCAGGAUUCUGGUAUCCUCUCCGGGAUUCUGGUAUCCUCCUUGGGAUUCUGGUGUCCUCCUUGGGAUUCAGGUGUCCUGCCUGGGAUUCAGGUGUCCUCCCUGGGAUUCAGGUGUCCUCCCCGGGAUUCUGGUGUCCUCCUUGGGAUUCUGGUGUCCUCCCUGAGAUUCUGGUGUCCUCCUUGGGAUUCAGGUGUCCUCCCCGGGAUUCUGGUGUCCUCCUUGGGAUUCUGGUGUCCUCCCUGGGAUUCUGGUGUCCUCCUUGGGAUUCAGGUGUCCUCCCCCGGGAUUCUGGUGUCCUCCCCGGGAUUCUGGUGUCCUCCCCGGGAUUCUGGUGUCCUCCCUGGAUUCUGGUGUCCUCCUUGGGAUUCUGGUGUCCUCCCGGGAUUCUGGUGUCCUCCCCGGGAUUCUGGUGUCCUCCCCGGAAUUCUGGUGUCCUGUCCGGGAUUCUGGUGUCCUCCCCGGGAUUCUGGUAUCCUCCUCGGGAUUCUGGUGUCCUCUCCAGGAUUCUGGUGUCCUCCCCAGGAUUCUGGUGUCCUCUCCAGGAUUCUGGUGUCCUCCCCAGGAUUCUGGUGUCCUUUCCAGGAUUCUGGUGUCCUCUCCAGGAUUCUGGUGUCCUCUCCGGGAUUCUGGUGUCCUCCCCGGGAUUCUGGUGUCCUCCCCAGGAUUCUGGUGUCCUCUCCAGGAUUCUGGUGUCCUGUCCGGGAUUCUGGUGUCCUGUCCGGGAUUCUGGUGUCCUCCCCAGGAUUUGGUCGCCUCUCCAAAAUUCUGGUGUCCUGUCCAUGAUUCUGGUGUCCUCCCCGGGAUUCUGGUGUCCUGCCCGGAUUCUGGUAUCCUCUCUUAUUAUUUGGUGUCCUCCCUGGGAUUCUGGUGUCCUCCCCAGGAUUUUUGGUGUCCUCCCAUGGAUUCUGGUGUCCUGCCCUGGAUCCUGGUGUCCUCCCUGUAAUUAA